CCACAGGGGCCGGCCACUGUACUGAUGACAGACAAAGAUGUGGACAUUGGCAAGAGAGCAAAGUUAAUAGAGAGCUGAACAUCAAGGAGGAGACAUAAGAGGGAAACUGUGCUUCAUUUUGAGAAUUUGUAUUCGGUCCGAACAACAAUAAAGACAGCAUGUCAACUGUGCGGUGGUUAACACUUUUACUUUGCAUGUUAUUGAUGGUGGCCCAAGGAUUGAGCCUGCCUAGCGUGGCCCGUUCUGAGUACGACGGGCAUGAGAACCAAACAAGAAGUGAUCACGGAACAACCUCAAGCCCACACACGGGAACAGACUCGGGUCAUGAUGUGACGGAAGACACUCAUGGUCAUGGUGAUGGUGGUGGUCACGAAGGUGGGCCCAUCACUACGCUACCGAUUGUGUCCUGGAAUUGGAGCCAUGUCUCUGUCCCAUACCUGGUGGCUCUGUGGAUUCUGGUCUCCUGGAUCUGCAAACUCAUCAUUGAGGCCAACCAUCAUGUUACUAACAUAAUCCCAGAGAGCGCCCUGCUUAUUUGCUUCGGCUUCAUCCUCGGUGGCAUGAUCUGGGGUGCAGACAAGGUGCAGACCUUCAAGUUGACCCCGACCGUCUUCUUCUUCUACCUGCUGCCUCAAAUCAUCCUGGAUGCAGGCUACUUCAUGCCAAACAAGCUGUUCUUCAGCAACAUGGGGACCAUCCUGGUCUACGCUAUUAUUGGGACCUGCUGGAAUGCUGCUAGCGUGGGGCUCUCGCUGUGGGGAUGUCACAAGGGAGGAGCCAUGGGGGAUCUGAAUAUCGGCCUGCUUCAGUACCUUCUAUUCGGCAGUCUGAUUGCUGCUGUGGACCCGGUAGCUGUCCUCGCUGUAUUUGAACAGGUCCAUGUCAAUGAGGUCCUCUUCAUCCUGGUGUUUGGAGAGUCACUCCUCAACGAUGGUGUGACAGUGGUGCUCUUCAAUGUAUUUGAUUCAUUUGUUUCCCUGGGAGGAUCCCAAAUCGAUGCUGUGGAGAUAAUCAAAGGAAUAGUUUCCUUCUUUGUGGUGGCAUUCGGCGGCUCCCUACUUGGCAUGGUGUUUGGUUUGCUGCUCUCUCUUCUGACCAGAUGCACAAAGAACAUUCAGAUCAUUGAGGCAGGCUUCAUCUUUGUGUUGGGGUACCUCUCCUACCUCACUGCUGAGAUGCUCUCCCUCUCUGCCAUUCUUGCAAUUGUUUUCUGUGGUGUCAGCUGUCAAAAGUACAUCAAUGCAAACAUGGAUGAAAGGUCCAUCACCACAGUCAGAUAUGCCAUGAAGGUGCUCGCCAAUGGGUCAGAAACCAUCAUAUUUGUUUUCCUCGGUAUCUCAGCCGUUGAUAAGACAUUAUGGGUGUGGAACACGGGCUUUGUUCUCCUCACACUCCUCUUCAUCUUUGUAUAUCGCUUCAUCGGUGUGUUUUUCCUGACCUGGAUCAUGAACAAAUUCCGCCUGGUGCCCUUGGAGGUCAUCGAUCAGAUUAUCAUGAGCUACGGUGGCCUGCGAGGUGCGGUUGCCUAUGGCCUGGCAGUAAUGCUAGAUGGGAACAAGAUUGAGGAGAAGAAUUUAAUGGUCUCCACGACUCUGAUUGUAGUUUAUUUCACUGUCAUCCUUCAGGGAAUAACAAUGAAACCCCUUGUCACUUGGCUCAAAGUAAAGAGAGCUGCAGUGUGUGACAUCACACUUAUUGAAAAAUUGCAGAACAAGGUCUUCGAUCACAUGCUGGUCGCCAUCGAAGAUAUAUCCGGGCAAAUUGGACACAACUACAUGAGAGACAAGUGGAGUCAUUUUGAGGAGAACUGGAUGUCUAGAGUUUUCAUGAAGCCAUCCGCAAGGAAGAAUCGUGACUGUGUCUUCAAAGUUUUCCAUAAACUGAACCUUAAGGAUGCUAUGAGCUAUGUGACAAAGGGUGAACGCAGUGGAUCUCUGGGGUUUAUACGCAACGAAUCUGCAUUUGUUGACUUCAAGAAGUAUGAGGGGAAAUUCCCAGAGGUGAUGCCCGACAUCAUGGCUGACAUGGCAGAUGACUCUGGUGCAAUGUCCCCCAUGGGACGAGACCCUGUGCCAUCAGUGAGCUUGGAAAUGCAUGAGCAGACCAUAAAAGGUGUGAGGGAAGCAGAAGACAUCAGCAGCCACCAUCUGCUGCAACAACACUUGUACAAAGGAAGGAAACAGCACCGGCACAGGUACAGCCGUAGUCAUUUUGAGGUCAACAAAGAUGAAAAUGAGGUGCAGGAGAUCUUCCAGAGGACCAUGAGAAGUCGUUUGGAGUCAUUUAAGUCAGCAAAGAUGGGUGUUGCUCCACCAAAGACGAUAACCAAGCACCAAAAGAAAGACCAGCAACAAAAGAUGUUCUGUGGAAAAUCAACUGAUAAAAGUAAAAGCUACUAUUCUGGUGAUGAAGAUUUUGAGUUCUCAGAGGGAGACAGCGCAUCUGGCUGUGAAGCAUCAAGAGACUCACUCGCUAUGAGAGUCACCUACAGAGUUGGAGCUGGAAUUGAGAAUCCAGCCUUUAUGCCAGAAAUGGACUCAAUGGCGCCAAUGCAAAUCCCGCCGUGGUUAGCGGAGGUCGAGCUCGAUAGCAGCAUGGUGGCUCCUUCCCAGAGGGCCCAAGUGAGGCUGCCGUGGACACCCAGCAACCUGAGACGCCUUGCCCCACUACGUAUCAGUACUCGCUCCACAGACUCCUUCAUGCAAGCUGACACACCACCCACACAAGACAGGGAAGAAGGGGACUUUCCUCCGCCAUUAACACCACCGCCGCCGCCUUCUGACAGACACGGUGGUCACAUGUAGCCUCCCUCUUCGUCCCCUUUAACGUGGCUGCCAAAGACACAGAACAUUUACCUCAGACUUUGCACUGUCUCCUGUCAAAAUAUAGUCAAGGGAAUGUGUUUUUUUCCCCCUGGGAGACUGGUUAAGCUCAACCCCAUAUAACCUUUGUACUCUUAACAUUUGGACCAAAUGUAGCUUCAUCGGCGGCUAACUGGUUAGCAGAUCUGCCUCACAGUUCUGAGGACUGGGGUUCAAAUCCCGGCCUUGUCUGUGUGGAGUUUGCAUGUUCUCCCUGUGCCUGCGUGGGUUUUCUCCGGGUACUCCGGUUUCCGCCCACAUCCCAAAAACGUGUGGUAGGUUCAUUGAAGACUCUAAAUUGCCCGUACGUGUGAAUGUGAGUGCGAAUGGUUGUUUGUUUAUAUGUGCCCUGCGAUUGUCUGGCGACCAGCUCAGGGUGCACCCCGCCUCCUGCCCUCAAUUAGCUGGAAUAGGCUCCAGCACGCCCCCGAUCCUACUGAGGAUAAGCGGUUCAGAAAAUGGAUGGAUGGAUGUAGCUUCAACUUCACCAUUUGCUAAAUACAUGUGGGAGAUACAUGCAUGCACACUGGCAUGAUAUUUACCUAACAUGUUGAACAUUAUGUAGUUUCAAGUGCAAAAUACACACAGAACAUCUUGUCCAAAUUGUAGAGGCAUUUUUAAAUGGAUGUAAUAUGUACAGAUUUUUAUUUAUAAAGAGAAUCCAUUCCAACAAAGCGAUGCAAAGACAACAGUGCAGCAUUAAAUACAUUUUUAUCUGUAUUGCCUUAAACACACCAGCCCUGAAGAUGAAACAUGAAAUGUGAAGAGCUCAACAUCUAGCUGCCUUAAUGAUUAAGGCAUGUAUUUAUUUACAAAUUAUUUUUUUGUAUUCAUACAGGAAAUUGAAUCUCAAAUAUCUGAAUUAUAGUCAGCAGGCGUUAUUUACUGUAGCUCCUACAAAGAAUACUUCGACCACUUAAAAUAUUGAACUGUUUGGAGC